ACCCGUAAAAGACUCGAUACUUUUUGAACACAAAAGACUCAAUAUUUAGAAUUUUAAAAAGAAUGAGUUUGACGCUAAAGCUUCUGUUUCUGGUUCUACUUCUUUUUGUCUCGAGUCAUCAUGUUGAUUCUGGCUCUAUCGUCAAGUUUCUUCCCGGUUUUGAAGGUCCUCUUCCUUUUGAGCUUGAAACGGGGUACAUCGGUAUUGGUGAGGAAGAGGAUAUACAAUUGUUCUACUACAUCAAAUCUGAGAAUAAUCCAAUAGAAGAUCCUCUUCUUAUUUGGUUAAAUGGUGGACCUGGAUGCUCUUCUCUCCUAGGACUUCUUUUUGAGAAGGGUGGCUAACAUACUAUUCUUGGAUCAACCUGUUGGAUCUGGCUUCUCCUACUCAAGAACUCCACUUGAUAAAACUAGUGACACAAAUGAAGUUAAGAUGAUCCAUGAGUUUCUUCAAAAGGUAAUAAUAAUAUGGCAAACUUGAGUGUCUUCUGAAAGCCCUUGUAUGUCUUGUAAUCGGUGGCAGAUCCGGAAACAAUUAUGAGUCAGGUCAGAUUUUAUUAACUACAAAAGAACUUAGGCUGAAAUUUGUAACUUUAGCUAACCGGAAGAAAAAUCUAGCUUCUCUCUCCUUUUUCCUCUGUUCUCUCUCUAGGAUCUUUCACAGAGGAGAAGUUGAAGAAAAGAAGCGUUGCGCUGGUUCCUUUCCGGCGACUCAUCGCCCGUGGUUGGGCCCCUUCCGGCGUAGCAUCUUCUCUAGAUGGUCGGCCGGCUUUUGGAUCUGGAGUCCGCGCUUUCUUCUCCGGCGUAGGACUUCCGGUUCAGGUUUUUCCGGUUACGGUCUCAUCCGGCCGGAUCUCAGUCUUCGGCGUUGCAUCUAUCUCGGUGAACGUCCGGCUUUUGCUUCUGGCGCCCUCACCUUCUUCUCCGGUGUUGGACGGCCGGCUUUUGUCUCCGUGUCACGCUCCUCCUUGGUGGUGAUGGCGGCCUUUUAUCGGGUCUUCCCGAUUAUGGUUUAAAUCUACGGUUAUGUGGUUUCCUUGGUCCUAUCGAUUCUCUUUCCUUUUAUCCGUUUGAUUACGGUUAAGGGAUCGAUUGAUGGCGAUUGUGUUUUCGAAGCGUAGAUCCUCUGAGCGCCCUGGAUUUCAGCGAAGACCGUUCUGGAUGGACGGUUUUUUCUCCGUUAAGGCUCUGUUUCGUCGGAGUUCCUUCCAGCCGCUUCAGUUUCGCCGGAGGAUGACAGCUCUCCAUCGUCUUGACGCGUGUCCAGUGGUUGCUGGGCAACCGAACACGUGGUGGACGCGGUUGGCUUUCUUCUUCAACGGGGUACCUCUUUGGGCUUUGGGCUCAAAGUGUCUGUUUGGGUUGGGCCUUUGCGUUGGGCCUUUUGUUAAGUUUUUUUUGGCCCGUAGAUUGGACUUUGUACUUUCUUGUAGGGCUUGUUCCUGUUGGACUUGAUCUAUUAAUAAAAUUCCAGUGGAAAAAAAAAGCUAACCGGAAAACACAAUAGUUUAUAAUAUUUAUACUUGUCU